GAAUCAGUCACUCCUCGUCUCUGAAAACGACAAGACGUGUUCGAAACCUCUCCUUCAACUUCGAAACGCGCUUGCUAAAAAUUUUUAAACAAAAAUUAUUUCUAAUUUGAUUUAGUAUUUGUACGUUCUUUUUUUUUAAAGUGAACCAGAGAACCCGAAAAAAUAUUAAAACUGUGCCAACCCAAAAAACCAAAAUUAUAAAUACAAUUAAAAGAUAUAUCUGGAAACUCACACGGCAGCUGGCAAGAUGCUCAAGUGGGCUGUCAACCAGCCGCGAAACUCGUACUUGGCCAAGGAGCUGGCCCUGGGAAUGGAAACUGGAUUGGCGGAGCCGAAGGGAUCCAGCUACAGCGAGUUCCACGCCCUCCGGGGCAAGCUGAAGAGGAAGUCCUUGAGCGCCAUAGUGCCGGGCCAGGGCAAGGAGAACCAGAUGACCUCCACUCCGCUGCCGGCCAGCUCGCUGCUGCCGCGGACUCCGCUGCUCAAGGACCUCAGCAACAUCCUGGCCACUCCCACGCCUCAGGUGGAGCUAGGAGCAGCAUCUGCAACCCAAGGAGCGCCCAAGUACGCCUGCACGCUGCCCACCUUCGAGGCGGAGUACUCCCCGAGCUCCGUCAUCCCGGGGCCUCUGAUCGCCCUGCGCGGAGUGGGAAUCCCGGACAGCUACUUCGAGAAGCCGCGCUACCUGGAGCAGAAGCCCCUCCCCGCCCCCAGCCAGCCCAGGACCAACCAGACCAUGUCCUCCAGCCAGAUGGGAGACGUGACCCUGGAGAGGAUGAUCGACGCCAUCCUGGAGAGCAACCGGAAGACCACCAACAUCCGACCGUCCAGGCAGCACAGGCACCGACACCCCCUGCACCACCUGAGGGGCACCACCUCCUCCGCCGCCACCCACUCGCCCACCUACCGCCCCGCCUUCGACCCCGCCAGCGACUUGCGGGAGUACUGGAAGUCGCCCUCGCAGCGGGAGGCCUCCCUGACGAGGUUCGAGGAGCGGGAGGUGUGCUCCCCCGCCCGCAAUCCCGGCCAGAGCCGCAAGCGGCACUCCCUGCAGGUGCUGCGGAGGCAGCGGGUGGUGCGGCGCAAGCGGAAGAUCACCACCAAGAUCUCCUCCAGCGUCCGGCAGUCGGCACAGAAGCUUCUGGCCGCCGCCAAGUCGGGAGGGGGAGGAGGUCCUUCUGCCAAGAGGCGCCACAUCAGUCCGGACAGCGGGCACAACUCCACCAGCGACUUCGAGGAGUUGGACGCGGAGGAGGAUCUGAGUCCUUUCGGCCACUUCUCCGCCGAGGCCACCACAAAGCGGCGCCUCAGUUUCUCCUUCUCCGAGGACGUCUUCGUGGAGAAGUGAGAAGUCCUUCCUUUAUGUUUACAUUUUUUUUUGGAAAAAUCUGUUUGGUUGUAAAUUUUUAGAGUAUCCUUUUUUUUCCGAGUGGCUCAAAGCGCAACUAUCCUUGCCUUCAAAUGAAAUCUAAAUGUUAAAACCCAUCCUAUAACAAGCUAAGAACAUAUUUUUUUUUUCGAUAAAUAAAGAAUGAAUUUUUAAAAUAAAUAUAAAAGGAGUAAUUAUUUUUAUUAUUGCCUUUCAGUUUUUAUUUAUUUUUAUUUCUGGAAAGGAAUUAUUCUAUAAUAGAAAUUAUAGAAUCUAUAAAUUUUAAUAAGGACCUGCCUAUAGUUUUCCACAGGACUUGCAUAGGAAUAUAUAAUUUUCAAUUCAGUUUCUUACUAUUUUGAUUUUAAGGAUUAGGAAAUUGAGUUUAUUGAAUUGAGCUCCUAAACCUAAUCUUAAAAAUCUUAAAAAUAAAUUCAAAAAUUAAUGAAGAAAAUAGGCUGUGAUUUUCGUGCCUCAAAAAUGAAAUAAUUAUGAAUUACCAAUUACAAUGCAUUAAUUUUCCAAAAUUUUAAAUUUAAAAACUAAAAUUAAUAGCCAGGAAGACUUCAAUGAGAUCUUGAUUGCUUAUAGCCUUGAGAAUAAAAUAUAAGACUUUAUUUUGUGGGUUAAUUUUCAUAAAAAUGUUAAUUGAAUACUAUAUUUUGAAUUAAAAAU